AUGGCUGGAAACAACCAAACUCGAGGCACUCGAAGGCAUGGUAAAUCAAUUGGCCGCCAACAUGAAUACCAAUAUGACGGAACUUAUGGCUAUGCUCUGAGACCAAAACCGAGCUUCUUCGAGCUACACUCCGCUCCCGUGCGCAAGCCAACUGUAGACCCGAAUCCGGUCGUUCCACCGAUCUAUGUUACGGAUAGUGAGGACAUAUCUUUUCCUGCAAUGACAUAUGCACCGGCGGUCCAUCCGAAUAGUGAUCCCCUACCGCCACCACCUGCUCCUACAGCAGUUCCAUUGCCACCAGCGGCUUUCCUAUCUAUGGAUUCCGCUAUGCACACUUUGCCGCCACUCAACAUACCGACUCAACCUCCAAUCUAUACUAUCCCUCCACCGACAAUUCCUCUGGUCACGAUUGCACGGGCUCCUAUUCCCACCACAGACCAUUUUCCUUUCCAAACUCCACAACCCAAAAUAAGCUUCUCUUACCCCGCUCCACCAUCUCUAAACAUUCCUCCCACUGAACCAGGCACGCCUACUCAGGCUGCCCCUCCACCUCUACCAACAAACAUUCCUCCUAAAGUGGAGAAUGAGCAAGAGAGGAGAAUAAGAAGAAUGGAGGAAACCAUCGGAGCCCUCCAAGCAAGCAGUUCCCGUUUUGAUUACGGUGAUAGCAACUCGAAUCUAUUCCCGGGCAUGUGGUUGCCCCCAAAGAUCAAGAUUCCAAAUUUCAAGAGAUACGAUGGGACAAGCGACUCGCGACAUCACCUCUGCCAUUAUCAGAGUAAAAUGAUGUCAUACAAGGAUUAUGAGAAAUUCGUCGUUCAGACGUUCCAGGAUAGUCUUGCAGGAUCAGCACUAGAUUGGUUCAUGACGUUGAAGGCUGACGACAUCCCCACUUGGACUGAUCUCUCCCAGAAGUUCCUCGACCAGUAUCGAUUUUGUGCAGAGUCACCCUACACUCCUCGAUCUCAGCAUAAUGGAGAUGAAGGAAAAUCAGGCUUUCGAAGCCUAUGCGGUAGAAUGGAGGGGAAAAGCAGCGAAGCAUAUUCCCCCGAUCACUAA